UAUUUUAAUUAAAAAAACCCGUUUAUUGCAUAGAAGCCCUUCUCCAAAAGCGAAGCCAGGGCCAGAGAUGAAAGCUCAUGGACUCCUGGAGUCUUCUGUCGGCUGCGAAAGCAAAGAACGUGGGAGAGAUAAACGAAAGUCAUCCAUAACGUCGCAUAUCUGCUACUUUGUGGUAGUGGCUCAAUCCACUUCGGAACAACUUCGGCUUAAUCCAAAGCAGGGGACACGAGGUCCGUGUCUUGAUUUCAUGUUUCAUUCUGUUCAUUUUGUUACUACCAUUAUUCCAAUUAAGGGAUGGAGUCAGUAAUAGGUAUUAAGUUGUGGUUAAGAAAAAGGUUGAAUAUCGGAAUCUAAAUAUAGUUGUAUUGAUGUGCGUGGUAGUAAUCAAAUGAACGAUAACACUGAAGAAGCUAAAGAAUCCGGCAGAGGUCCUGAAAAGAUUUAUAGAGAAAAAUGAUUGGUUUUAUGCAAUGGUUGUUGGUUUUCCCUUUUGCUUCACUUCUCUGAGAUCAAGUCGGGUGAUUUGAUGUGGGGAGAUGGAUUUGUAUUUUUGAGAAGUACUGCACAUUGGAUGGAAGUCUAGGCCCAACAACGGUGCUUCUCCAGUUCUCCCCCGUCCAUCAGAAACUCGUAAAGAUGAUCUCACGGGAAAUAUCAUUUUUAGCAACAACUAGAACUUGUUCAGGAGCGAAGAUUACUUCUUCACCCAUACAACAGUGGAUGAUGAUGAGGAUUUUCUUAGGCGGAGUUCCUCCAAUAUGCAAAAACCGGACAGUGGUGACUGGUGAGGAGAGGACAAAGAUAGAAUUCUCACGAGAUAGCGCCGGCGCAUUCUCUUUUGGAAUUGUUGACGUAUUGUGUGGCUUGGACGAUGAUUACGCAGUCUCAUCAAGCCCAGCAGCAGGCUAUAGCAAAAUUAAUCUCCACCCUGACCUCUUUAAUUUCAGUGCUGCUGCUGCAAUGUUACCAGCACCUCAUUCGCCUUUCUGGUCAGAAAACAGUAGCUCACGAGCUAGUAGCAGCAGUAGUAGUAGUCCAAAUGUAGUGCGGUUCGGUUCUAUGAAAAGGCCAUUUGGUAAAAGAAUCAAAUCCCCCAGAAAAGAAAAUAGUGUAUUGGGCAUUGGUUGAAUCUGGGGCUGGGCAUUGGGUUACUCCUACCGCAGAAAGCGUUAAUGGGGGGAAGCAAGAUUUUUCAAACAUGGCUUGAUGCUUGCAAGGUGUUCUCAAGCUGGAGAAGAAACGACAUGGCUUCAUUCAGUUUUCAGUACCCUUCUCUGAAGAAGACAGUUUUUGUGGCCGAGGAGAAGCUGAAUUUAGGGUAUGAGUUUCGUUCUGUUCCUAGUAAUAAUAGAAAGAAUGAAGAGAACCACUACAGAUUCAAAGAGCAUGCAAUGAGCUGGUAAUGAGCAAUGGGCCGUUUUUUUUUUUUUUUGCAGAAACCUACACAACCUGGUAAUGAGCUCCUGGAUCAUGGCUAUAAAAAUUUGGGGCACCAUCUUUGUAUGUAAUAGCAUUAAGCAAAUUUCAAUGUAUCUCUCUUUCCUUGCUCUGAAAGUAUGGUAUAUAUGUAUGGUUUAUUUCUUCUUUCUUUAUUUCUAGCUUUUCACUUAAAUCUCUAUCAUUAUUUCUCAUUUCUGUCUAUGAAGUUCUUUUAGUUUUUUAUUCUUUUCUAGCAUGUU